AUGGCUUCCCAAGACACAUCAGCAAGCUCCCAAGCCAUCAUCCCUGUUUCACCUGCACCUUCAGACAUGGGUGCUCUAGCCAUUGUACCGCUUUGUAAGUCCAAGCGAUCCGAAAUUGGGCAAAGGCGCAUAAGGAGGCCCUUCACUGUUGGUGAGGUUGAGACGCUGGUGGGAGCGGUUGAACAGCUUGGGACUGGAAGGUGGAGAGCUGUUAAAACGCUUGCCUUUGACAAUAUAGAGCACAGGACCUAUGUCGACCUUAAGGACAAGUGGAAGACCCUGGUUCACACUGCAAAUAUAUCCCCGCAACAGCGAAGAGGUCAGCCAGUUCCACAAGAACUUCUGGACCGUGUCCUCGCAGCGCAGGCCUACUGGUCCCAGCACCUCCAGGACAAGCCCCGGGGCAAGGCUCGUCUUCUUCCUGAGAUUUGCUUUCCCUAG